UACAAAGUUGACUCACACUGCGCGUAUGACUUGGCCAGCUGGGCUGCGGCGCUUCCAUCGAAAAAUAGAAAUACAAAUAAAAAUAAAAAAGGGAAAAGGAAAAGAGAAAAGAUUUCACUUUGUGUUCAAUAUCAAUCGAGUGCCUAGAAAAUUGUUGUUGUUGUAUAGAUGUGUGUGCGCGAGUGAGUUUCAUUUUUCUAGGGGCUGCGCGAGACGUUCGGGGUCGUCAUGCGGCUGCCGCAGUCGCUGCUACGCGAAACAUAAAAGAAAUUUGCUGUUUGCCGCUGCGCCGACGUCAUCAGAGACACACACACAGACGCACACACUCACACAGACACUGCCAGACAGUCACUCAUUGAAAUUGUUGUUGGAUUUUUGUAAAUUAUGAAAGCAAUUUAUCAACUGGAAAUCUAACAACAAACAGCGAAGCUGCAGCAAGAACAACGCCAACUACAACAAAACGAAACGACGAAGAAGAAGCAAUAACAGAAAAGCAGAAAAGCAAAAAAAAAACAACAAAAAGAACGCUCUCUCUGAUCGUGCAGGCAACAACAGGAACCAGAGCUAAAAGCAGCGCAGCAGCAGAGCUGUUUGCAUUUGUGUGCGUAAAUAAAAGAGAGAAGCCAAAUCGAAGAACUCGCACCGCUCAGCAGACGAGUUGGAGCGCUAGACGAGACCACUUCCAAUACAAGCGCAGCAGCAGCGACUUGUUGCUCACUCACACACGCACACAGGCACGCUUUAUACGAAAACGUUGUGUUGUUGUGUGCGUGCGUUUGACCUUUGGCGGCGUUUCCCCCAGAGCAUUUUUGUGUCAAAAUGGAGACACACAUCCAGCUGGAGCUGCAGCCGCUCGAAAAGCAGCACAGCAGCAGCAAGGAUCCGGCCGAUUCCACGGAGGAGCAACUGGAGCAGCUGCAGCCGCUGCUCCUGACGCCCAAAAACAACAACAACAAUGGCAGCUCGGUCAACUCGAUACAUGAGCAGCCGCAGCAGGUGCAACAGGUGCUGCAGGUGUUGCCCGCAUUGCCGCCGAGCACACCGACGCCGCUGGCGGCCGGCACGUCGCGUCAACUGUUCAAAGAGGCGGCGGCGGCACACGGCGGACUCGACUCGCUGGCCUUGGUGCAGCAGGAGCAGAACUAUAUUGCGGCCACACAGCUGCCCAUGCCGGAUGCAACGGUCUCACGGAAUCCCUCGACCACCGGCGGCCGGCACGAGAAGAAGAUCGGUCAUCGGCGGGUCGCCGAAGGCGGCGAGGUCACCUACAAGAAGAUCCAGUCGAAGCAGAUAAUGGGCUCCAUUCAGCUGGGCAUACAGCAUACGGUCGGCAGUCUGGCCAAUAAGCCGAAGCGGGAUCUGUUGAUGAACGAUUUCUGGGAAAUGGAGACGAUCGCCUUUCCGCCCGAUGGCUCCUCGCUGACGCCGGCGCAUCAUUACAGCGACUUCCGGUUCAAGGUUUAUGCGCCGAUAGCGUUUCGUUAUUUCCGAGAUUUGUUUCACAUCGAACCGGAUGACUUUCUCAUGUCGAUGUGCGCGUCGCCGAUGCGCGAACUAUCCAAUCCGGGCGCCUCGGGCUCCAUAUUCUAUCUGACCGACGACGAUGAGUUCAUCAUCAAGACGGUGCAGAAGAAGGAGUGCGAAUUCCUGCAGAAACUGCUGCCCGGCUACUAUAUGAAUCUCUCCCAGAAUCCGCGCACGCUGCUGCCCAAAUUCUUUGGACUCUACUGUUUCCACUACAACUCGAAGAAUGUGCGGCUGGUGGCGAUGAACAAUCUGCUGCCGUCGGACAUUAAGAUGCACGCCAAAUACGAUCUGAAGGGUUCGACGUUUAGGCGCAAGGCCUCCAAGGCGGAACGCCAAAAGGCGAGUCCCACCUUCAAGGAUCUCGACUUUGCGGAGCAUCAUCCGAAUGGCAUUUUCCUGGAGGCGGACACCUAUACGGCUCUGAUGAACACCAUCAAGCGGGACUGCAUGGUGCUCGAGAGCUUCCAGAUCAUGGACUAUUCCCUGCUGGUGGGCAUACACAAUCUGGACAUUGCGGCCAAGGAGAAGCGCGAGGAGCGCAUUCGCAACGCGCGCGCCAAGCUGCAGCGACGCGAGGGCGGCGGCAAUGUUGCCCCGCUUGCCACGGACGACGAUGCGCCCGAGGCGGAUCAGCUGAACCAGCUGCAGCCGGUCUCCUCCUAUGCCUCCAUACCGGGCACCUCGGCGUCGGCGGCGGCGGGUCUGAAUCGGACGCGCAGCAUGAAUCGCCAACGUCUGGUGGCCCAUUCGACGGCCAUGGAAUCGAUUACCGCCGAUCUGGAUGCCACGCUCGAGGAGGGCGUGGACGAGCCCAAGGGCGGCAUACCAGCCCGCUCGGAGAACGACGAACGCCUGAUGUUGUACAUCGGUAUCAUCGACAUCCUGCAGUCGUAUCGGCUGGAGAAGAAGCUGGAGCAUACGUUCAAGAGCAUAUUGUAUAAUGGGGACACGGUGUCCGUGUGCCGGCCCUCGUUCUAUGCGAAACGCUUUCAGGACGCGAUGGGCAAGCAGGUGUUCAAGAAGACGCCCACAUUUCCGCUCAAACAUUCCCCCUCCAAGCGCAAGACAUCCGCCACCCAGCUGCGCACCCCGCUCACCCGCACGCCCACCCUUGCGGCGACGCCUGCGAACAGCGGCAGCGGAGCGGCGCGUCCCGUUGCGCUGAACAUGCUGUCGGGCAUGUCGACACCGCCGCCCGCUUUUGAUGAUCUCCGAGGAGGACAUCACCGCCGGCGCCUCGACCACAACGCUGCAGCAGCGCACGAGCCUUGGCCAUAUGUUGCCGCAUCCGCAUCCGCGCCUCCAGUCGCCCUACUCCUACGACAGUUCGAUGCGCAGCAGCAGCGCCGCCCUGACCAGCGACGACUACAGCGAUGACGAGGAGUCGAACGCGGGCGGUGGUCAGGUGCGCCUCCAGCUGCAGCCGGAUCAGCGCAACGGAUUGAGCGACAGUCGCCGCGCGUCGCUGCAGCGCGCUCUGCACCUGACCAAGACGACGGUGCAGGUGACCACGGUCGGUUAU